CCGGCCGCGGCCCCGCUCCCUUCCUCCCCCCGCGCCCGGGACCUGGGACCCCCAGCCUCGCCCGCCCGCCUGGUCCAGCCAUGGGCCCCGCCGCUCGCCCUGCGCCGAGAUCGCCGCCACCGCCUCCUCAGCCGCCGUCGCCGCUGCUGCUGUUGCUGCCGCUGCUGCCGCUCUGGUUGGGCCUGGCGGGGCCCGGGGCCGCGGCGGAUGGCAGCGAGCCGGCGGCUGGGGCGGGACGGGGCGGGGCCCGCGCCGUGCGGGUGGACGUGAGGCUGCCGCGGCAGGACGCGCUGGUUCUGGAGGGCGUCAGGAUCGGCCCCGAGGCCGACCCGGCACCCACCCUGGGCGGCCGCCUGCUGCUGAUGGACAUUGUGGAUGCGGAGCAGGAGGCACCUGGAGAAGGCUGGAUUGCAGUGGCUUACGUGGGCAAGGAGCAGGAGGCCCAGUUCCACCAGGAGAAUCAGGGUGGUGGCUCGCAGGCCUAUCCCAAAGCCCUGAUCCAGCAGAUGCGCCGGGCCCUCUUCCUGGGAGCGUCUGCCCUUCUCCUGCUCAUCCUGAACCACAAUGUGGUCCGAGAGCUGGACAUUUCACAGCUUCUGCUCAGGCCGGUGAUUGUUCUCCAUUAUUCUUCCAAUGUCACCAAGCUGUUGGAGGCGCUCCUGCAGAGGACCCAGGCCACAGCCGAGAUAACCAGAGGGGAGUCCCUGUCGGCCAACAUCGAGUGGAAGCUGACGCUGUGGACCACCUGCGGCCUCUCCAAGGAUGGUUCCGGUGGCUGGCAGGACCUGGUAUGCCUGGGAGGCAGUCGUGCCCAGGAGCAGAAGCCCCUGCAGCAGCUGUGGAAUGCCAUCCUGCUGGUGGCCAUGCUCCUGUGCACAGGCCUUGUGGUCCGGGCCCAGCGGCAGGCGUCACGGCAGAGCCCACAGGAGCCUGGAGCCCAGGUGGACCUGUUCAGGCGCCGUGUGGUGCAGAGACUGGCAUCACUCAAGACCCGGCGGUGCCGACUGGGCAGAGCAGCGCAGGGGCCCCCGGAGCCCAGCCCUGAAACCUGCGCCGUGUGCCUGGACCACUUCUGCAACAAGCAGUGGCUCCGGGUGCUGCCCUGUAAGCACGAGUUUCACCGAGACUGUGUGGACCCCUGGCUGAUGCUCCAGCAGACCUGCCCGCUGUGCAAAUUCAACGUCCUGGGGAACCGCUACUCAGAUGAUUAGCUGCCCGGUGGGGGCCUCUGCACGUGGAGGUGGACCCUCCGCUGCACUCUGCCCCUGGCCUGGGUUCCUGGAACAGGACAGCGGGAUAAACAGGAUGGAAACUUCUGCGGAUGGGAAGGAUAAGGGGCCUCCACCUUGGGAAGGUCAGGUCGGCAGCCCUGAGGGCAAGGAUGUAAGGCCAGACCCGCCAGUCAAGGGAGAGGGGCCGCUUUGGGGUCUGCUCUGCAGUCCUGGGGCUUCUGUGUCUGUUGUCCUCACAGGCGGCUCCCCAGAACCCCAGGCAGGGGCCUGGGAAAGAGGGUGUGGGGAUGGUAUAGCCAUUCCCAGGGCUCUGGGGGCUUCCUCUGGUCUGCUGUCAGAGCAUCCCUGGAGACUGCAGCUGCAGUGCUCUGUUUUCUGUUUAUUUAUUGGGAGGUGGGGGGUAGGGGGAGGAGCAGUGUGGCUUUCAGGGCACCCAGGCCUGACCAUCUUUCAGAACACACCUCAAUCAAGGCUAUGAUAUUAAACCCAGAGACCCCACCACUGCCUGCUGCUCUUGGUCUGUGGGCCCUGCCCACCCGGCUGGGCUCCCCAGGCCCGACUGGGACCAGAGGCCUUAGAGACCAUCCAGUCCUGUGCUUCUGGGUCGGGGCUACGUGUCAUUGACUGUGAUACUUGAAGCCACAGGAUAAAUGUGGUGCAUCUUCCAGGGCAUCAGGUUUUUUAGAGAAGAUUUGGGGUGGGGAGGUUUAAUAUUAAAAUAAACAUGUAUAUAUUUUGACAUAAGAUGUAAA